AUUUGCUGCUGGAGUGAGCAUCAAAGCACUUAUGACUAACGACACAUAUACUUAGGCCUACUUGCAGUGAAGUUAACGUCAUCACAUGGGUGUCAUGGGACCAUGGUUGUGUAAUAUUACACAGACGUAAAUAUUACAUAUCAGUGCAUAAACGUCAGUUGACGGAGCAGACAUGUCGGUAGAGACGGUGGGGAACUUUGUGGAGUGCCCGCUGUGCAGGGCGAGCCACACCCCAACGAAGGGAGAGCUGAAGGAUGGAGUCUACGCGUCUACUUGUCAAAACUGUGGCCACUUCUUCAAGUUCAAGGUCACAGGCAUUCUCAAAUCAUCUGUCACCUUCACCAUCAACGGGAUUUCCUUCACAGUUGGCAACCAGUAUGCCGCGGCCCUCUCCCUGAAUGAGUUCAUGAGGUCCCAGGGUGUGUCCUAUGGCACCAAGGCCAUGUGUAUAGAGGGAGGGUGUGGCGUGUGCCUCGUCACUACCACACUGUAUGAUCCAAUCACAAAGGCCGUGCAGACAUACACAGUCAACUCGUGUCUGGUUCCCCUGUACACGUGUGACGGCAUGCAAGUGACAACUAUCGAGGGUCUGGGCAACCCCAGGGAUGGCCUACACCCGAUACAAGACCGUCUGGCACAGUACAAUGGGUCUCAGUGUGGCUUCUGUAGCCCCGCCCAGGUCAUGAAUAUGUAUGGCCUACUGAAAAGAACACCCAAAGCCUACCAUGCAACAAAGUGUAACUUGGCAGCAGCUCUACGCCCUCCUCGGCCAAACACCAGGCGAGACAACUACAGACUCGUGUUUGGGAAUUCAGGAUUCGGUGUCUACAAAGAAAUCGGUCCAUGGAUGUACAAUGUCCUCAUUGAUCUGCGUGGCAUCCAGGAGUUCUAUGACAUUUCUAUUGACUCCUCCAAAGUGAUGUUUGGACCUAGCAUCACUCUGACCAACAUGAUGGAAGUCUUUGAGAAAAACAGCACCAACCCUGCUUUGUCGUACUUCCGGGACUUCGCCAGCCACGUGGCCUACAUUGGUAACAUCGGGCUGAGAAAUCUGGGCAGCUGGGCCGGGAACCUGAUGUUGAAGAACCUCCACACUGAGUUCCCGUCUGAUGUUUUCACCAUGUUAGAGACAGUCGGAGCAACUCUGUUUAUUGGAUCAAGUGAUGGCUCCGAGAAGUCAUACAGUCUCAUGGACUUCCUGAAGCUAGAUAUGAAGGGGAAGGUCAUUCUGUCUGUCACACUUCCAACAUUCCCGUCUGGAGACGUCUAUGUCAAGUCCUUCAAGAUUACCCCAAGGCACCAGAACGCCCACGCCUAUGUGAACGCAGGCUUCAGGAUGCAGCUGGACAGGAGCAACAACUACACUGUCAAGACAAAACCAUCCCUGGUGUAUGGCGGCAUCAACAAGACACUGGUACAUGCAAGCAAUACAGAGGCAUUUCUGCAAGGGAAACAACUAGGGGAUGCAUCGGUUCUCAAAGCUGCAAUAGCCAGUCUAUCUGCCGAGUUGAUCCCAGACGCUACAGCUGGGUUAUCCAGUACAGCCUACAGGAAGAACCUGGCCAUCUCUCUGUUCUACAAGUAUGUGCUCGGCAUGUGUGGUGAGAAGGCAGCGGCAAGAUUCCAGAGUGGAGGUACAAACUUGAUACGGCCAGUGUCUUCAGGCACUCAGACAUAUGACACCCGUAAAGACGAAUAUCCCCUGACUAAGCCAAUAGUAAAGGCUGAUGCAGACUUACAGACUUCAGGGCGGGUCCAGUAUGUUGGUGACAUUCCAGGUAUAAUGUUUCAGAAUUCAGGACGGGUCCAGUAUGUUGGUGACAUUCCAGGUGUAAUGUUUCAGACUUCAGGACGGGUCCAGUAUGUUGGUGACAUUCCUCCAGUUCCAAAUGAAGUGUGUGCAGCAUUCGUCAUCAGCAGCGUUGGCAACGCCGACAUCGACACUGUCGACACCUCUGUGGCCAUGUCCUACCCUGGAGUGAUUAAAUACAUCUCCGCAGCUGAUAUACCAGCGUCAAGGAACAAUUUCAGGGCACCACCUGGCGUUGUUGAGGAGCUGUUCUGCAGUGGGCGCGUUCUGUACAGUGGACAGCCAAUUGGUCUCAUCGUGGCAGUGGACCAACUAUCAGCUGACACAGCAGCCAGCAUGGUGAAGGUUACCUACAAGAACGUCCAGCCUCCCAUAAUUACAAUGGAAGAUGCUAUUCAGAAGAAAUCCAUAUUUCCAAAUGUUGCCCAGGAGUAUAAAGUCGGUGAUGCUGCAGCUGCAAUAGCCGGGUCUGACAAACAGAUAACUGGCAGUGUCAAGAUAAAACAUCAGUACCAUUUCCACCUGGAAAGACAGUUCUGCCUGUGCUACCCAGCAGAGGAUGGGGUGGGUGUCCAUCUCCACUGCCCAACACAGUGGUCGGAUUCUGUACAGCAGGCCGUUGCUGCAAUGCUUAACAUAAAGGAAAGCAGACCUGUCCGCCUGUCGGUGGACCUCCACACCAACAUGAAGGCAGUCGGGGGACGUUUUCCGUAUCUGGCGACUUACACAGUCGGGGUCAACAAUGAUGGAAAACUGAAUGGCAUCCAACUGACGACCAAUGCUGACUGUGGAGCAACACCCAAUGACUGUUCACUUGCGGGAUUUCCCGACUUCAUGGACAAUGCCUACUACUGUCCAGCAUGGGAUUUCAAGCCAGUAGCCCUGAAGACAAAUCUCCCAGCAAACACAUUCUGCAGAUCGCCAGGAACCCUACCUUGCAUAUUCAUCAUGGAAGCGAUGAUGGAUCACGUCGCCAAGGAAUUGAACAUGGAUCCGUUGGAGUUCAGGAAGAUAAACCUAUUCACCAAAGGCCAAAAAUCGGCCUUUGGACUGGUUCUGAAGUACUGCAACAUCAAGGAUAUUGUCGCCCAGCUUGAGACGUCAGCCGAUGUCACAGCAAGAAAGAAGCAAAUCGCUGCAUUCAAUCAGGCCAACAGAUGGAAGAAGAAGGGCAUUGAAGUGAUGCCACUGCGCUGGAACAUGGACUACGCGAAAGACAUCUUCAACGUCUACGUCACCAUCUACCACGGUGAUGGAUCCGUGGCAGUCUCUGUCGGCGGUGUAGAACUCGGGCAGGGAUUAAACAUAAAGAUGAUGCAAGUAUGCGCCUUUGAGCUUGGUAUCCCUAUCGACACGAUCAAGGUCAAACCAACGACCACCUUUACCAACUCAGAUUCGUUCAUUACUGGAGGCAGCCGCGCGUCCGAUGUUAACGCUCUGGGAGUCGUGCAGUGCUGUCAGCAACUGAAGACCCGGAUGGCCCCGGUCAAGGCCAAGAUGUCGAACCCCACCUGGCAGCAGCUGGUAGCUCAGUGCUACGCCCAAGGAGUGGACUUGUCAGCUAGAAGCUCAACAUAUCCAACAGGGGACUUCAGUAACUACAACAUUUACGGUGCCACGUGUACUGAAGUUGAGGUGGACAUCUUGACCGGGGAGAACCAGAUCAACAGAGUGGACCUACUGUAUGACUGUGGAGAGAGCAUUAACCCAGAUGUUGACAUCGGCCAAGUUGAAGGAGGAUUUGUGAUGGGAUUGGGCUACUUUUUGAACGAAGAGAUGAUAUAUGACCCCAAGACUGGUACCGCCCUGACUGAUGGAACUUGGGAAUACAAACCUCCAAUGGGCAAGGACAUUCCAAUCGACUUCCGUAUCCAGUUCUUGAAGAAUGCUCCAAACCCACGUGGAGUCCUAAGAGCAAAAGCUGUGGGCGAGCCACCCCUGUGUAUGUCUGUAUCAGCUUUGUUUGCUGUGAAACACGCCAUCGAGGCUGCCAGAAAGGAAAUCACGCAGGACACGUUUUUCCGUCUCGACGGCCCAGCAACAGUGGAGGUGAUUCAGACAGCCUGUCAGCUCGACACCUCCCAGUUGGUGUAUGGGACAUAGGUCGCCAUGACUCAUUUCGACCAUGUUGAGAAGGAGUAAUCACACCUAAGGAAUUAAGGAAAUAUGCAGUGUUAAAAUGACACUUGUCGCCAACAGUUUGUGUUUGCUAUUGGCUUUCCUUCAGUGAAUGACACUUUAUAUAUGUAGUAUGUGAUUGUCUAUGACGAUGUAUGACAUUACACGAGGUAUGACAUCCAUGAGGUAUGACAUCCAUGAGGUAUGACAGAACAAAAUAAUAAUAUAUAAAAAUUAAUGACCAAGAAUGAAGAAUCACAAA